CUAAGCAAUGGCACGCCUGUGAGCAUGUGCAUCAUAAAGUCAUAAAAUGUGAAAUCUCGGCCAGUGGUUUUCCGUAAGUUGUCGCAAAGUCACGUUUGCUUCUCGUAAAUCUUGGAUCAUGUCUCUGUGGUAAAGUUGAAUCAUCCGCUUUAUCAUUUGAAGAAUUUCUUAUCAUUUUGUCAUCAGGCGCAUGAGAUCAUACCAAAACCAUAUACUAUCCCAGCUGUUGUUGCUCCUGAUAUGGCUAAUUAUCAAGAUUGCUGCUACCGUCAUUCAGAAAAGAAAAAAAAAAUGGAAAAAAAAUGGGUGCGUUCGGAGAGAUACAGUCUUCACAGGCUUUAUAAAGACACACUCGUGCUAACCUCUAAGUGUAAACAUGGGCUGCAGACGCACAGAUUGCAUCUCAAAGCCUCUGUCGGGCCUUUUUGAGAAACUUGGGUCCACAGUAGGCUCCUAUCCUUUUUAUUUCUUCAUCAUCCCCCUUUUCCUCUCAGCAGCACUCGGUGUAGGCUUGAUCAAUCUCGAGGACGUGGCGGACAAUGAUCUUGAGCGGCAGUUCACACCGAGGAAAGGACCCUCGAAGGCGGUGAGAGCUUUUGUCCGGGAAAACUUCCCCUACAAUGACUCCAUGUUUUCCGAAGACAGGCUGUAUGACAAACCUCACUUUGCGUCCCUCAUCGCUGUGGCAAGAGACAACCUAAACAUCCUGGAAGGUCCUGCCUUCGAGGACGUCCUCAGACUCAACGAUAAGAUCCUUAACAUCACCGUGGGCAAUGGACAACUGGCAUUCAGUGACUUGUGCGCCAUAGCCGAUGGAGAAUGCGUCUCCAAUGUCAUCCUAGACAUUCUUAGCUCCAGUGAAGCUGGACCAAGCAGCCUCACCUACCCAGAAUACACAUACGGAUCCAAAUCGGUGUUUCUGGGCUUUGUGCUCGGCGGAGUCAUUACAGACGGCCGAGGCUCGGUGAGAAGCGCUCGUGCUUUGAAACUCUUGUACAUGUUGGGGGAUCACGAAAAUGAAGCCUCCAAAUUAUGGCUGAGAGGAUUUAAAAGCCUCAUGUCCAAGGAGCUGAACCACAAUUGCAUCGAUGUGUCUUACUACACCUCCAAGUCCAAGCAGGAGGAGAUUGACAGUCACACCACAGAUGGCUUCCCUUUAUUCCUCAUCACUUAUGCCUGUGCUAUCACCUUCUCAGUGCUGUCCUGCCUGAGGAUGGACAACGUGAGGAACAAGGUGUGGGUGGCUGUGUUUGGCGUCCUCUCGUCUGGCCUAGCUGUCCUGUCCUCCUUUGGCUUGCUGCUCUACAUCGGAGUGCCGUUCGUUAUCACCGUCGCAAACUCUCCUUUCCUGAUACUCGGAAUCGGCCUCAACAACAUGUUCAUCAUGGUGUCCGACUGGCAGCACACACACGUCAAAGACCCGGUGCCGGAGCGAAUGGCCCACACCUACAAAGAAGCCAUCAUGUCCAUCACCAUCACCGCCCUCACCGACGUCCUCAAGUUCUUCAUCGGCGUCACGUCCGACUUCCCCUCGGUCCAGUCCUUCUGCCUCUACACCGCCACCUCCAUCAUCUUCUGCUACAUCUACACCAUCACCUUCUUCGGAGCCUUCCUGGCCCUGAACGGGAGGCGGGAAGGCAGCAACAGGCACUGGCUGACCUGCAAGAAAAUACCAUCCGACAGACCCGAUGGCCGCUCUAAGAUGUACAACAUCUGCUGUGUGGGAGGCGGCUACGAUAAGAGCACUGGAGCGGAGAAAAAACAGCCAGCGAGUAAUUUCUUUAAGGAUUACUACGGCCCGUUUUUGAUCAAGCCCUGGGUCAAGGGGGUGGUAAUCUUCCUCUAUGUGGCAUAUUUAGCUGCGAGUAUUUAUGGAUGUUUCCACAUACAGCAGGGGAUUGAGCUUUAUGAUCUGGCAGCUGAUCACUCCCACGUUACAAGAUUCAUAAAGAAAGAUAGGGAGUAUUUCUCUGAUUAUGGUCCAUCUGUGAUGGUUAUUGUGACUGAGGCCUUCCCAUAUUGGGAUAAAACCAAGAGGCAUCAACUUCUAACCUGCAUGGAGGACUUUAAAACCCCCAACUUUGUAGAUAAGGACGUCUACACAUCCUGGCUGGGCUCUUAUUUGUCAUAUAGCCAAGAAAAUCAUCUAAACCUCGACGAUAAAGAUGUUUUUCUCAAGAAUUUGUCUCCCUUUUUUGAGUUGUUUCCCUUUUUCAAGCAAGAUGUGAACCUCACCGGAGAUGUCAUCUUCGCAUCCCGGGUUUUCAUCCAGACCAUAGAUAUAAACAACGCUGAGAUGGAGAUUUAUAUGCUCAAAGGUCUUAAAUCCAUCGUGAGCAAUUGCAGCGUAGCGUCUUUAUCAGUCUACAACCAGGAGUUCAUCUUCUACGACCAGUACAGCGUGGUGGUGAAAAGCACCAUUAAGAACGUCAUAGUGAUCACGGCGGUGAUGUUGGCCGUAUCGAUGCUGCUGAUUCCCAACCUGCUCUGCUCGUUGGGGGUGGCUUGUUCCAUCGGUUCGGUGACCGCGGGGGUGACCGGUUUCAUGGCUCUGUGGAACGUCAGCCUGGACUCCAUCUCCAUGAUCAUCUUCAGCAUCUGCAUCGGAUUCACCGUCGAUUUCUCCGCUCACGUAUCGUACGCCUUCGUCUCCAGCAAGAAGCCCAAUGCUGACGAAAAGGCCAUCGAGGCUCUCUCCAAUCUGAGUUACCCGAUUCUUCAAGGCACCUUGUCCACCAUCUUGGGCGUGUCAGUGUUGGCGACGUGUGAAUUCAACACCUUCAGGACGUUCUUUAAGAUCUUUUUCCUUGUCAUGUUUUUUGGGAUGAUUCACAGCCUCGUUUUCAUCCCCGUCAUGCUGACGGCGGUUACAUGCAGCUCAGAGGAAAAGCAAGAAGAUAAAUGUGAAACCACAGAGAAGAUCAGCAAACUAUGACCAAGAGCUGUGAGGCAGUUUAGAUGUGUUCAAAAACAACAUUUGCUUUAACAGUGAAUGAAAAAUCAGUAUAAGCAAUUGCUUAACAUUUACUGAAUGAUUUAAACAAUUAUUGAUUUCAAAACAACAAAAAUUAUCCAAAUAAAUGACACCUUUUAAAAAAAUAAAUAGGUAUAUUUACAUUGUGUUUACAUUUAGGUGUAUGUUGUAAGUUAUUUGCUUUUAUAUUCAUUCUGUUUUUUUUAGCCCAAAUCAGUCAGACUAAUCCAUGAUAACAUUGCUUUCAUAUUUUAUCCUCAAUGUUUUAUUUUUUCUUUCUUUUCAAAUUAGUCAUUGUGUUUAAUUCCAUCCCUCUUUUACACGCCUGUAUGUGUACUGUGUACUGUAUUUCACUGUAUGUAAGUUUUGUUUGUUCUCAAGUCCUUUGUACUUUUGUGCUUUGAAAAGUGCAUUAUUUUCAAUAUUAUUGGAAUUUCUAGUGAGUUUUUUUUAAAACUAGUUUUCCAUAUAAUAUUUUUUUUUUUGUUUCUAUAUAGGCUGGGUUUUGAUCAUACUUAGAAGGAAGAGGAUCUAUGAAUCUGGUGUACGGAAUUCCUCAAGGAUCAUUUCUUAGGCCUCGUAACUUCAAUCUGCACUUGCUUCCCCAGAUAACACCCACAUCUAUCUAGCGCUCUCAUCGAAUGACGAUGGUCACGUAGACUUGCUUUGCUGUUGUCUUGAAUAAGUAAACAAGUGGCUGCAACAGAAAUCUCCUUCAGCUGUAUAAGACAAGACUGAAACAGUUACAUUUGGCUGCAAAAAAGGAAGGCUCCGCAGUUAUCUUUAGUCCAGGGUGAUAAAAGAUAAGACAGACUUUGUUGAUCUCUCACUGGGGAAAUUUACAAAAACUGUUUUAAAAAAAGUCAUAUGAACAAUCUCACCAGUUUCACUUCCAUAAUUUCACAUGUGUGGAUGAGAUUAGUGGAGAAAAGAACACGAAAACUGUUUAAAAAAAGACAUUAGAAACACAGAAAGAAAGCUGCCAUAACUGGCUGCCACUCACAUGGUGAAUGAGCAAUCAGGGCAAGAAACUGAAACCCAAGAUAAGAAUCUUGGUGUAAUCAUUGAUGAAGAUCUAAAUCCUCAUUCUGGCUCUUCAAAACAAACUGAAAAACUUUGUGUCCAAGCUAGACUUACAAAAACACAUUGGUGUUGUUGUUGUUUUUUUUUUUUAAUAUCUGUAGCGUGGAUUAAUACAAUGCACUCCUUAGAUUAUCAGUGUUAUUAUAAAGUCUUGUCUAAACUGCCUGUAUUUUUAUUCAAUUAAAUUCCCCUCUAUUUUGGUGUA